AUCUAAUUUAUCGAUACAAUAGCCUCAAUCCUUCACUAAAAAAUGCAUUCAAUAAAAAUUACUCACAACAGUGCAUCGCUGACGCAAGAAAUAUCUGAACGCAUUGUAUUUACUAAUUGCCAUGGACUCCCUUGAUUUGACAGUCAAAUAAAAUAAAUAUUUACAAAUUUAAAAAAUCCAGCUCACGUGAAAGUCUGAUGACACAAUUUGUCAAAAAUUUUGUGAGCCAAAUACGCGGUUCAGGGCAUUGGCAAUGCGAUACAGGGAGAAAUAAGCUCUGUGGAGAAUUUAGUUUACACGUCACUUAUUUCUCCAAAUUUGUUUGUUAUUCCGAUGAAUGGGAGAGGCAUGAGGACGUGUCAUGGUGUCGACGGCGGCUAAGGAUCUUUUGGCAACGUCUGCUUCUAUUUGCACAGCAUUACAGUUUCUAGCUGGCACACUCGUGUGCAGAAAAUUCAUCAAGAAUGGAACCACCGGAGACGCCUCUGCCCUGGCAUUUAUUACAUGUCUGAUGUCAUGUAGCUUUUGGCUGAGAUAUGGACAGAUGAUCGACGACUUCUUCGUCGUUUGCGUCAAUUUAUUUGGGACCCUCCUGCAAUUUUUAUACAUCGCCAUUUUUGCAUUGUACAGUGUAAAGAAGACUCUAAUUCUUAAGCAAUUUGUGGGGGCUAUUCUGUUUAUCUCUGGAGUUUAUAUCUACAGUAUUGUUCACACAGACAGGACAGAGGCCACCAAGCAUGUGGGAUUACUCAGCUGCAGUCUGACUAUUUUAUUCUUCGCCUCGCCCUUAACCAUGCUGGUUCAUGUGAUCAGGGAAAAAAAUGCAGACAGUCUGCCCUUUCCCGUGAUAGUAGCUUCCCUUGUGGUCUCGUGCCAGUGGUUCAUUUAUGGAACACUACUGCAGGAUCCCUUUAUGGAAAUACCGAACUUCAUGGGGUGCAUUCUCUCUGCAUUUCAACUAUCACUUUUUGUCAUCUAUCCGGGGAAGAAACAAAAUGCUGCACAUUUUAUAUAAAAAGAGAAUCUGAAGUAUUUUAUUAUUGACUUUAUCUACUUAACGAUCAUUGGAGAAUAAAUGGAAUAUUGUCUUGUAUGAAAUGGA